AUGAACAAAAAUAUAUUUUAUUUUUAUCCUAUUAGUAGUUUAAAGGGAGUAAGCCAUAGGCAAAGAACUACUGAAUAUUCUAAGGAACAUAAUGGAAUAACUAAGUUUUUUUUAAAAGAUUUAAUAAAAGAGUCAUCACUAAAAAACAGUGAUACUGUAUCAGACAAUAAGACAGAAAAUAAGGAAAAGCAUACGAAGCAAAAUGACAAAAAUCCGUCGUUUAAUGUGUCCUACACUUGGGAAACUGAUUCGAUAAGCGGAUUAAGGUACAUAAAUGUUUUAAAUAAAAAAGAUAAAAAAAAAUUGGGUUUUCAGUGUAUUUACUGUAGAGAUAAACAGCUCUUUAAAAAGAAAAACAGCGUGUUAUACCACAUGGUUACAUUUAAUCAUGGCUUAAAAUCAAGUGUUGUAGAAGAACUAAAGCUUAAUGAGAGAACCUCAGACGACAGACUAAAUUUUAUCAACAAUUUCGAUGUAAAAAAACGUAUAGAGAAAGAGAAAGAAAAGGAGGAGAAGGAGAAGAAGGUGAAUCUGAAGAUAAAGCAGCAGGAAACUCAAAAAGAAUCUUUUAAUGAUUACAGUUUAAUUAAACUUGAAAUAGAAUUUGUCUCAACCUUAUAUUUAUUAACGUAUGAAGAAUUGGAAGCGUUGUAUUUUUUUUUUUUUUCGGAAAAUCUUUUUCCUCUUAAUGAUAAAUAUAUGAAUAAAGAAAAUAUAAUUGAAAAAUUUUUAACAAGUAUAAGUUCCAUUUCGAAUAAAUAUUCCACGUAUAAUGUGCCUAACUUAAAAAAUGACGUGCAAUAUAUAACAUUGAGUGAAUACCUAAACGAGUUAAAAGACUCGUUUGAAAAAGAUAACAAUUUAAAACAUAAUCCAGAUGUAGUAGAUGAGGUGGGCACUACAGAAAUGAGUAUCAAGAACGAUAAAGAACAUGAGGAAGAAAAAGAAAAAGAAAAAAAAGACGAACAAAAUGAAAAAGAAAGAAAAAAAGUAGAAGAAGUAGAAGCAGAUGUAGAAGUAGGAAACACAAAAAAAGAAGAUACGAAUGAGGGUCAGAAACAUGACCCAGAAAAAGGAAAUGCAAGCACCAUGAUCUACAAUACUGUAGAAAAAAAUAAAGAGUAUGUACUAGAAAAGGAGAUUGAACAGUCGCACGAAAGAAAUAAAGAAAAUAUACAACAGGAAAGAGAAACAGCCAUCAAACAUAACGGAGGAGGUGUUGUAAAAAAUAACGAAAUGGAUUCUGUAGGAAAAAAAAAGAAAAAAAGGAAAAAAGAAAGAGAUAUGGAUAUAGAAACAUUAGACGGAAAGGAUCAUAUAUUAAUAAAUUUAAAUGACUGUGACAUCAUCAAGCAUAAUGAUAAAUUAUUCAUCAAUUUAACUGCACAAAAGGAAACAAAAGAUGAUAAAAGAAAUAAAGAAAAAAAAACUUUUCUCAUAAUUAAUAAUAAGGAAGUAAAUAAUGUGCAAGUGAGUAUGAGUUCAAGUGAGGAGGUCUUAUAUGAAAAUAUAAACAAUAAUGAAAGUAUUAUCCCUAUUAAGGAGAACAAGGAAAAUAGUAGAAACAUUUUACUAAAUAUGAAUAAAGUGAUCAGGAAAACUGCAAAAAGAAAUGCAGAAAAUAAAAAAAGCACUACGAAUGCAUGUAAAAUGCCACGAUCCAUUGGAACAAAUUUUAAACCUGAGAAUAUCGAGUUGAGUGAAAAUUCAAAAAUUAAUGAUUUAGGAAAAAGAUCUUCCCUUGGAACAAAUUUAAUGGAGAAACAAGAAACCGGAAUAAGUGCAUUAUCAUGUAGUAAUACCACUCAUGAGGGAACCUCCGUAAAUGUAUCUAAACAGAGCGUAGGUCAAGGAAAGCCUUCAACAUAUACAGACAAAUUAAUUGAAGAAAAUAUGGACAUGGCGAAUAACGCGAAUAAAGAAAAAAAAGUGAUAAAUUGUAAUGAGAUAAAAUAUUCUAGGGAAAAUCAAAAUAAAUGUUAUAAUAUUAUAGACGAACAACAGCUAGGUAACCACCCUAAUAAUCCCUUUACUGUAAUGAAUACUAAAGACAAUAGGAAUAUCGCAGGAAAACGAAAAAAAAAAAAUACGUCCGAUGACAGCAAUAUAGAAAUAAAUCAAAUGAGCAUUGAUGAUUGUAAAAAGAACGAUACUGCAACGAUGGAUAAUGAUGCAAAAAAAAUAAAGCUGUGCUCAAAAAAUAUUUCAAAGUUUGUGUUUUUCGACGAUGUUAACUGUGAAGCGAGGGAAGAGGAAAAGAAAGAGGAGGAUGAACGUAAAGAUACGGGUAAAGAUACUGGUGCAGAUAAGAGUGAUAAUACGGGAGAAAGUACACUUAGAGAUACAGACCAAAAUAUGGACAUAGAUGGAGCCGAUAAAAAAAAAGAUCACAAGAAGGAACGUGGCAAAGCAACAAUUAGAAGAAGGAAUAAUUGUAUUCCUCGCACAAAUGAGAUAAACAAAAAUAAAAGGAUAAUGAACAAAAUAGAAAGGGAAAAUAAAUUUAUUCGUAAAAAGGAAAAAUAUAAAGCACAACAACACUGUUCAUCACUCAUACACGAAAGAAUAGUCAAAAGGAACCCUUUCAUGAACAGCGCAGGUAAUAAUAAAACAAGCAGUAACAAUAAAAAUUAUAGCAUAAAAGGAAAAUCACAGACAAAUAAAAAAACAUGUAUUAAAAAUAUUUAUGAACAAGGUAUUGGUAUAUUUGAAGGAGACAGCGAGAAUAUAUUGCAUGGAAAGAAAUUCAUUGAUAAAUCUGAGAGAAAGAAAUCUGAAAAUAGAUGCACCUUCUUAAAAAAAGAAAUUAAACAGCUAUGUAACUUGUCCAACGAUAAUAUAAUUCAAUAUAAUGAUAUAAAUUUAUCGUGCACACGUUCUCACAGAAUAUCCCGUUAUACAAAAAUUUGA